AUGACGUCACGAACUGUUGGCGGAACGGGAGGCUACUCUAACGGCAACGGAGGGCGAAUAAUCGCGAUUAAAUUAACCAUUGGUCGUCUGGAGAAGGUAUAUUAGGACGAGCGAUUCUUCCGUUUUUGGUUGAGUAUUCACUGUUUCAUUGAAGAAGUAUUUUUUGGUAAACGGAAAAAUUGAUAGUUAAAUUGAGCUACAUCAAUUGUUAUCCUUUCUUUCUGAUCAUUCGGUAGCUGCUCAGAUUUCAGUGUGCACCCCACCCCCACCCACAUCCGCUCACAAAUCACAGACAUUUUCCUUCCUCCGCCCCUAUUCCCCUUAUUUUCUCCGUGUUUAUUACCGUCGCAAGAAUUCAGCGAACGAGUGCAACUUUCUGUGAUUCGGAACGUGUCUGGAGACGACGUCAUCCGAAAAGAGGGCACGAAUUUUAUGUUCGGGAUGUGUUAGUCAGCAAGAAUUCAUUGUUCUGGUUUUCCCACAUUUCUCCUGGGUAAAUGAUACGAUCGGUCUGGCACUCGGACUCAAUAUAUAGUUCAAUCCAAGUCCAAGAAGUCUGCAAAGUUUGGGCCCGACAGGAUUAUUGCUUGGCUUUAAAAAGGUGGUCUGAAAGCGGUUUUCAGGCCUGUUUUCUUCAACUUUUGAUUCGAGUUUUCUUGUUUUAGCUGUUCUGCCAACCAAAAUUCAUAAUUUAGCACUAAAACUUUCAGAAUAUCAAUCGACAGGCCUAAAGAGCAGUUCUGCCGAGUUUCAGAAAAUUGCAACGUGAUGCGAUUGUGACUUUUCCGUUUGCACUACUAAUAUCUUCUGUAAGGCAGCUAUGCAAUUCCAGUUGGCUUUAUUCCCAAAAUGUCACCGCUUCGAAACGGUGAUCCUUUCAUACGUUGAACGUUGAAUUUUGUUCAUUAUCUACUUCGUCAAGCCGACCAUCUUUUGAUACUGCGUCGAAGCGGUGAUCUUUUCGUACUUUGUACCUUACCCCCCCUUCCUUUCGCCCCCUGGUCGUUCUCUAAUGGCCCGUUUGAAACACGCCACCCACACUCUGAAAUCCGUGCCUCAAUCGACUCCGCUGUAGCCAAGGUUCGUCUGAUCGACUGAUAUUUCCGCGUCCUUUUAGAUUCGUAUCUUCCUUCUCAGCUUUCCUCCUUCUUUUUGUCGUAUACUACUGUAUCGGGUGGUCGAGAAGAUAAGAAUUAUUCUUUGAUUCCCGGGUGGUCCGGUACUUUGAAAUGUUAUUUGGACACUUAAUGUUCAGAAUAGUGAGAGUUUAAUCUGACUAGUGAGGCAACAGUAAAAACUGUCGAGUCAAGACGAUGUAUCUCAGCUGUAGGUUGAGAUAUCAAAAAAUUGUCAACUGAUCAAAUGUGCACCAUGUUUUAAUGAGCAAUUUAUUAGUUGACAUGUUUUUGAUAUCUCUACCCACAGCUGAGAUAUAUUGUCUUGAAUGAACAUUAUUGUGGUGCAUUUGUUUCAGGUUAGCUAGAACACACAUCAAGUGUUUUUAAUGCUUUUACCACCAAUUUCAGUCAACAAACAUUCUUUUUUUCGUAUUCCCUAUCAAUUUCCAUCAGUUUAACGAAAAUAUUUGUUUCAUUGAGAAGCUAUCGUUUCUAACUUAAAUCUUGACUUUUAUUACUAUGACUAGCCGACUACGGCACAAAACGCAUUCUCCCGCAUUCCCUGCCCGUGACGAUAUCAUUCACGUGCAAUUCCGUGCGUCCCCAGAACACUCACUCCUCUCCUAAACUUUUCCUUUCUCUUCCCCUCUCUCUCUCUCUCUCUCUCUCUCUCUCUUCCCUUUGCAUCCAGUUUGCGACCGUGUUUCUCUGGUGUUUGUACACUAUUUGUUCAUUCUUUUCCCCCCGUCCCGGUCCAUGAGCUUCUUGCUCAGACAAUCGGAAAUGAGAGUCUAUUUUGUGAGCAAAGAACGUUACAAGCAUCCUAAGCCUUGUUUUGGCGAGCAAUGCACAAUUGCCCCGGCGAUCAUUUGCUCUUUUGUUCCAUUGUGCUCGGGUAUCCAGAAGCGACUAGGAAAAGUGCUCAAAAGAUGGGCGAGAGAGUGAGAAAAGAGCAGAGAGACGCAGAGAUGCUCAUUUAAUGGCUGACGGGCGAACAGGGAGGGAAAACGAAACAUUUGCAUUGUCAUCAUUCAAUUCCUGAUCCCCCCCCCCUGAAAACUGAAGAGAACGGUGUAAAAAGAGUGAUAAGAGCGGCCGACAAACCCUUUUCUCAUUGUGUUUACGUAAAUAGACGAACCAAAAGUGAUGUGUUCUUCAGUUUUUGGACGUUUUUGGGUGGCGAGACGCUACAGUAAUCUUUCCAGACUUUUCCUGUUUCAUUUGUGGCUCUCAAGGGAUGUUCUUCUUUUUUCCACGGGAUAAGAGAAUCGGAGAUUGUUGUUCAAUAUUCCCUAAUUUACAAAUUGGACGAUCCAUAAAACUACUCGUAUUUUAGAACAUUUUGAAGCAGAAAAACAGAAUUGUUAAGUAAAACUGUGAAAAUGAGGAAAAGAAGGGGCAGUUCCUUCUGAUUCCUGUUCCACGCUUUUCUUUUCCAUUAGUAUCUCAUCAGGCGAAUUGAUUCGAAUCUCAAACUCCCUUCCUUGUUCGAACUCAGAAUGUUAAACUCCCUCGGAUCUCAUCUGAAAUCUAACAUCACUCUCCAGACAUCUGCGAGUAUCUUGUGCUCAAAAGCGCGAAGAAUCGACGCACAGACCGUUAUGUAUUUUGUGUUUUCGCAGAGAAACAUCGUCGGUAAAUGUUGACUUGCCUCAGUUUUUGCUCUCCUUCUUGCCCUUUUUGAUUGUUUCUGAAACUGUCAGGAAUCGGAUGAUAUUUUUCAGUUUCUGAACUUCCACAUCUUUCAAACUGAUUUUGAAUAGAGCGUACUCUUCUAUACCAGUUUCUACAGUAACCAAGGUCAGGCAAAUGUCGUUCUCAUCUCUCUUCAUAAUGACCAAAAAUCAUACCCCCUUUUUGCAGCACUCCCAGUUGUUAAUCUCAUUUUGAGACUACUAAACGAGAUAUAAUCCAGAGUCAAUCCUUGAAAAUCACUUUGCCCGAGCCGUCACGGUUAUCACCAGUGUUGAGUGGAAUUCCGUCUUCCGUCUUCCGUCUUCCGUCUUCCGGGAAAAAUUCUUCUUACCGUAAAAGAGUAAUAGCUUUUUAGAAGCCAUUUACUAGCCCCGAAGAACGCGAAUUUCCACGGGCAAUGACCCAGAUCCAAAAUUUUUGUUGUUUUAGUUUUUUUUUUCACAAAAAAAAACCGUAGAAAAAGGUUCUGCAUUGACGAUUUUUUCUUCCGUCUUCCGUCUUCCGGAUUUCAAAAUUCCAUUUCCGCUCAACUCUGGUUAUCCCUCUGUCAAUGUCAUGCUUCCCGCACCGGAAUAGAACUCCAAACCCUGUUUCUGUGCAUCCAGUUCAUCGUUCUCCUUCCACGCCGUUUUCUGCUCGCCUUCCUCGAAUUGUGAGGUCAUUUGUGAGCAUUGAGCCCCUCCACAACAACACCUGCAAAUGUUUUUCUCAGAAACUGUGUCCCCCCGUUUAGUGAUCUGCAUAACUUAUUUUGUUCCAAUGAACCUUCUCCAAGAAUCAAAAGACCCUCAUUCGGGACCAAUGGACAGUCUGGCGCCCGCUUUUCUCACGUUCACGCCCCGCCCCUCCUCGACAAUGGGCGGCGCCACAGUCGUUUCCGUCGAAAGAUCAAAAACUUUAACGACUUUUUCCUUUUUGUGGAUGCCCCCCAGAGAACGAGCAGAAUCUCCGCGCACUUUGAACGCCUCCGAGCUCAUCUGUGAUGUGUGAUCAGAGAAAACGGUUGAAAAGAGCCGCACAGAGCCGUUUUCUGGGGCGUUUCUUUUUCAUUUCGGGUGGAUUUACCAUUUCUGAAACAUGAAAGUUUGAUUUGAUCACAUUUAGAAGCAUUGAUGUUUUAUAAACUCCAUACAUUCUCUCUCUCUCUCAAUUUCCACACUUUACUAUUCGGUCUUUUCCAAUCCCCCACUAUUAUCCGUUCCCAUUUUCAGAUGCCACCAUUGUGUGCCGUCUGUGAAUCUCCGACCGCGUACACUUUACAUUUCGGUGGAAGAUGUUGCAAAGUAAGAGCUUCUUUUUUUAGUUGAACCACCCUUAUUCUAACUUUUUUCAGGCAUGUGCCGCGUUUUUCCGUCGAACAAUAGCGCUGGACCUGAAGUACGAAUGCGCGGCCGGGGAGCCGUGUGAAAUUCAUUUUAGUAAGUCUUUACUGACUACGUAGACACAGAGUCACUUUCUUGAAACCGAAUACGUGCUGAUCUUUCGAUCCAUCACCCAUUUGUGCCCUUUUCCCUCUUCCAAGUACUCCUCAAUUCUCAGUAUUAGCUACUGCUCGCUCUAUGUCACCCAUAAAAGGCGGGCAGGUGAUAACCACUUUCUAUCAGUAAUUCGCGUACUUUGUACUCAUUGUGACGGAUGGACGGACGGAACAAAGAGUAGGGUACACUGAAGCCAAUAAUAGCGGGAGGGAAGCAUCCGGAAUGACAAAUGCGAAUUGUGCAUUUGAGUAAAGUUUAUUCAAAACCAUAUAUCUGAGCGAAUAGUUGAGAUAUCAAAAAGUUGUCAACGAAUAAGUUGCUCAUUGAAACGUUCUGUACAUUUUAUCAGUUGACACCUUUUUGAUAUCUGUACUGACAACUGAGAUACAUCGUCAUGGAGCAUCUCAUGAUGUACUUUAGAGUUUCCAGGCAUGCGACUCGUCUGCAGGGAAUGCCGGCUCCGCAAGUGCUUCUCGGCGGGAAUGAGGCCCGAACGUAAGCUUUCCUUUGCUUUCCCCGACCCAUCCCGGCGCCUCUCUUUCCAGUGGUCCGCUCUAAACGAGAGAACUUUGCGUGCACGCGUCGGAAGGAUUCCCGGACGGCCUCCGACGGCGGAUUCCCCCAGAACAGCAGCAAUUCUCCGUCGAUGCGCCAGUCUUCGAGCCCCGAAGAGGACGAUUGGUCGUUCCAGAUGUUCGAGGAGAAGCCGCGCGUCGAAGAGACCGCCCCUUCCACUUCUUCCGCGACUUUUCCGCCGCCGCCGCCGCCUCCGCCACCGUCGGCGAAUCCUUCAACUUCUCAGAUCGUGGUGAGUGUUUAGGACUUUGGACUUUGGGAGUAAUUCAAUCAUGAUUUGAUCUUUGGAAGCGUUGGUUACCGUGCGACCGGUUUUGCAAAUAAAAUUAAGCGAGAACAAGGAGAAGAAGAAGCCUGAUGGGAAAACGCGGCGGGACGGGUACAGUAGCGCGCAUUGUUCGGAGGGAAAACGCGGAGAGACAAAGAGAACGGGGAGUACGGUAGAGGGCCUGGCCUAUUGCAAUACGCGCUAUGGAAACUUGGACGUUUUGCAACUCCCGGACCACUCGAAACUCGAUUAGUGAUGAGAAUAGACCAACAAUAGUCUCAAAAUUCUGGUUUGAGUGAGUCUGUUUUGCAGAAAAACGAUUCGAAUCUAUAGAUCCUUGUAAAUGGUAUCAGAAACAAAGAAUAUGAUCAAGAUGGUUUCACAUUUUGCAGAACGAAGAGUCCUCGCGAACGUCUUCGUUCGACGCCGGCUACUGUUCCUCGUACCCCUCUUCGUCGACGGCCGGAAUGUUCCCUCCGUCGCCCUCCGAUCCCUCUUCGAUCCUUCAGCUGUACAUUGGAAUGGAAACGGGCCUGUGCUCCAGAAGACGGAUUAUGUACACGAACACGGACAUGGACUUCAUACUCGACAGCCACGCCUCUUUGCAAUGCGUGAGUUCACUUCAUCAUAAGACCCAUAACUGAUGUCUCUUGAUUUCAGCCCUACACAAUAAGCGAUCUCCGACCUCACGACUUCCGAACCUUUCGAGGCCUUCUUCGGCAUGACUUUGUGAUAUUGUUCGAUUACGCGACGAGGUUUCCAGAGUUUACAAGCUUUACGAGUCAUGAGAGAGUCAGUUGGCAUAAGAAUUGCUCGAGUUUAAGAGAAUGACUUCCAGAAUAUGUUCUACCGUCUCAUUCUUGCCGUCGAUUUCAUCUUGUCAUCAGCGUACUAUUCGUCAAAGUGAGUACACACAUUACAAAGCGCUGAAGUUAGAGAACCAUCAAUUUCAGACUGGGCCAGUCUCACCGUCAGUUAAUAAUGACGAAUGGCGAGUUCUUGUGCAUGGAUCCGCUGCCAAUGAACGGAAACGAACCGAAUGCGAGGCAAUACUUCGAGACGGACGACGACUUUUCAAAGUACAAGUACGUUUUACAGUUUCCGCAACUCAUCAUAAUGUUGGCAUCGAAGUCAAAAAUACUUUUCUUCACGAAGCUACGGUUAACGAAUAAAUUACCAGAGCCCUGAUGCCGAUGCACAUUGCCAUUUGGGAAGAAAGUGUCGUUCCGUUUUCCCGUCUCAACGCCAGUUUCGAAGAAUUUUGUCUUCUGAAAGCGCUCACAGUUUGGCACGUUAGUGAGUUACUUUCCACCAUUUUGAAGCAGUUUCAAAAACGUUUCAAAUUAAACGGUUUCACUUUGCAGCCUACUACAAAUUCACGGAAAACGGUCGAGAAAAGUGUCGUCAGCAGAGGAAUAUUAUAAUUGACUGUCUCCAUAAAAUUUGUCAUUCGCAAGGCGGAAACGGAGAAAAUCGGGUCGGCGAGCUCUUGAUGAGCAUGAAUUUCAUUAUGGUAACUAAAUAUUAAAUUAUUUUCAUUCCGAAUGCAUUUUUGCUGCAGGAAUCAAUUCAAAAACUGACGAGUUCGUACGUGAUGAUCACUUUUUUCGACGUUCUCAACUGCGACGCGAUGCUUCACGAAAUGCUUAACUUCAAAUACUAG